AUGGCAUACCAACAGUUCGCUGAUUUUUCCACGAAUUCAACAAAUCCCUUCUAUCUCCAUCCAAAUGAAAAUCCUGCAUUGAUAUUGGUUUCUCCCCUCCUUGACGAUAAGAACUAUCAUAGUCGGGCUAGGUCUAUGCACAUUGCCUUGAUUUCCAAGAACAAGGAUAAGUUCAUUGAUGGAUCUCUUGGUAAACCACUGGUUUCUGAUCCUCUUUAUGCGCCAUGGAUUUGUUGCAAUACGAUGGUGCUUUCUUGGAUUCAUCGUUCUAUUUAUGAGUCAAUUGCAAAGUCAGUUCUUUGGAGUGAUAAUGCUGCAGAUGUUUGGAAAAAUUUGCAUAUCCGAUUCUCUCAUGGUAAUAUCUUCCGCGUCUCUGAUCUUCAGGAAGACAUCUACAAGCUUCGCCAAGGUAAUCUUGAUGUCUCCAAUUACUUUACUCAGCUGAAAGUUUUAUGGGAUGAACUGGAAAAUUAUAGACCUAUUCUUGCUUGUUCAUGUGCCAUUCCCUCUUCUUGUGGAGCUGUUGCAUCAUAUAAGCAUUAUCGUGCACAAGAUCAGGUGAUUCGAUUUCUCAAAUGUCUAAAUGAGAAGUUUACCCACUCCAAAUCUCAAAUCAUGAUGAUGAAUCCUAUGCCUGACAUAGACAAAUCAUUCUCUCUGAUUAUUCAGCAAGAAAGAGAGCUCAAUAGUUCCAAUUCUUCUUUGGUCAAGGCAUCAUCGAAUCCUGAAGAGAUUACUACUAUUUGCCAAGUUCAGGCAUCUUCUGGUAAUUCUCAUAGCAAACCUGGUCAGAACUCCUCUAAAGGAAGAAUUCAAGGUUAUGGUAAAGGCCACAAUCGUGUUUGCACACAUUGUGGUAGGACCAAUCACACAGUGGAAACAUGUUUUCUCAAACAUGGCUAUCCACCAUGUUUCAAGACUAAGGGAAAGUCUCCAUAG